AUGCCGAAGAAGGGCAAGAAGGGAUCGCGCGCGACUGCACAGCACAGCGAUUCUCUGCGUCGAGAGAUUCAAUCGAAUCAAAAUGACGCAGCUCCACUGGGAGUGAUUGACCCAUUCGUAGAUGACGACGGCUUCGACAUUGCCGACGAGCUGCUCGCCGCACUAGACGCGCGAGACGCGCAUGAUGGCGCAAGCACGAACAAUAAAACGACAUGCACAUCAGCGACCAAGAUGGAGACGUCGCAUUCGCAUUCUGGCGGUGGAUUGAGAGGAGCUGGCGAGCGACUCAUCAACGGCUUGCGCCAUCACAAUCACAAUGACACGGAUGCGACGUGCGACGCUGCUCCCGAUGCCGGCGGUAGCACGAGCCCGACUUCGGCGCGUAGAUCGAGCAUCCGCAAGCUGUUUGCAAGCAGUCCGAAGAGCGUUGAAGCGACGCCGAUGGAUGGUGGUGCGCCCAAGAAAAAGGUCAGCCGUCAACAACAGCGAAAAGAGCGCAAAGCGGCCGAGAUAGCCGAGGUGCGACGUCAGGCCGAAGAGGAAGUCAAGCAAGGAGCGGGCCAACCGGACGAGGCGGCGAUCGAACGCCAGGGGAUCAAUGCCAUGUGCUCUGCACUUGGCGUGACCAUGCACGAGAUCACGCCGGACGGACACUGCCUGUACGCGGCUGUAGCGGACCAGCUGAAUCUGCGUCGUCCAAGCGCGGUACGUACCGACUACAAAGCGACGCGUCGAGCGACAGCGCAAGAGAUGCGCACGCAUCCGUCCGAAUACAAACCGUUCAUCUCGGACUCGGACGAACACAUGGCCGGGAUCGUUAACAAGGAAGCCGGCACGCUCGACAGCGAGCAAGCGCAGGAAAAGCAUUUCCUCGACUACUGCGAUGCCGUCGAGAAUACAGGCGUCUGGGGUGGUCAGCCCGAGAUCUUGGCGCUCUCCAGAGCAUUCGGUACGCAAAUCAACGUCGUCCAGGCGGGCCUGCCCGUGCUCAAGGUGGGCGAGCAAGAGUACGACGCUGAACCGCUCUUCAUCUCCUACCAUCGCCGCAUGUACGGUCUAGGCGAGCACUACAAUUCGCUCCGACCAGCACCGACCGCCUAG